AUGCCCAGGUUCAAUCCUUUUGGAAGUGUCACUGGUGCAACCAGCGCAACGCUUUUUGAGAUUCGCCUCGACAAUGAGAUCAUUGUACUUCGUGGCGCCGAGAGCGAGGCUUCCAGUCAAUUGCUGAAAGGCGUGGUGGUUCUUUGCCUGCCAGCGGCCCUCAAAGUCGAAGAUGUACAUCUGCGAAUGAUCGGACAGUUGAAAAUUGGGUGGAACGAUCAAAGAGUCACACCAACCGGUAUCUCCAACAACAAGGUCGAUAAAACUACAGAAAUAUUCAGUCACAGAUGGGCGCCAUUUGUGGGAGGUGGAGCUCCAGGCUCUUCCUCGAGAGGGUCUCUGCUACCAGCUGGAAACUACGAAUGGCCUUUCGAGCUUGUAAUUCCAGGCCACAUGGCGGAAAGCGUUGAAGGACUACACGACAGCCACAUCAUGUAUAAAUUGAAAGCGACGGUUGCGAGAGGGAAAUUGGCAUACGAUUUGCAUGCCUACAAGCCUGUACGAAUUGUGCGAACGUUGGAUCCGUCAGCGUUGGAAUUGGCGCAUGCGAUGACCGUGGAGAACGUUUGGCCAAACAAAAUCGAAUACCAGCUUGUGAUACCUCAGAAAGCGAUUAUUUUUGGAACAGCCAUAGAUAUCGAAAUGAGGUUCACUUCCCUUCUGAAAGGGCUCCGAAUUGGUCAGAUAAAAUGCCAGCUUCUCGAGGCACAGGAAUUUACGCUCGCGGGGGCGACUGCGCAUACAGAAAGAUGUUAUAAGCACUCGAGAGACGUGGAUACUUGGACCUUCGAACUGGGGGACGAACAUUAUCAUGAUAUGCUAGAUGAUAACGGCCAAGAUGGGUAUACUUUGAAAGAGAAAAUGCCAUUACCAAAGUCGCUGAGUCGAUGCAUGCAAGAUGUGGAUGUUCAUGGCAUCAAGAUUCGACACAAGGUCAAGUUCAAUAUUGCUUUGCACAACCCAGAUGGGCAUGUCUCUGAACUCCGUGCAACGCUUCCAGUAACCAUAUUCAUUUCACCGAACAUGCCACUUACUGCCGACGGACAACUUCUCGACCAGACACCACUCAGCACGCAAACAACGGAUGUGGUACAGCAUGCACCACCACUAUAUGGAGAACAUGUCUUAGAUCAGCUGUACGCCGACGUUGAUCAAUCAGGAAUGAUGACCCCAGCACCGCAAUCUGGAAUGAAUACGCCCUUCUAUGCCCAGUCUCGAGCGGGGUCACACGAAAAUUUAGCAUCUCUCAACCAGGAAGCACCACACCCCAACGGUGCUGUCCCACCAGCAGCUUUGUCAACCAGACUUCAAAAUCUAAACAUGUCAUCUCGAAAUAACAGCUUCAGGAGGUUACACGCAAGUUCUGGAACAAACACGCCUCAUCCUCAGCCUCACACCGAAGGACCUGAUGGCUACUUCGACAGCCCUGGCCAUUCUGCUCCAAACAGCAAUCCCUUAAGUCGGAGAACGAGCGAGGAAGACAACCACGGAGCCUCAAACAUUACCAGUGGUCAACACACACCGGAACAUAUCGAUUAUUCCGACCUAGGAGAUCUGACCAAAGUCCCAUCCUACCGCACAGCGGUCAAAACUCCCGCUCGAGGCAUGAGCUACAAUGACGCGCUUCCCAACUACGAAGCUGCCGUCUCAGCGCCUCCCAGUCCAGUACGGACAUUCAGCAGUCCAACGACGGCGGGGAGUGGCGACGAGAGUACGAAUGGGUACAUGAAUGGAGCAGGAGAACGAAGAAGCGUGAACGGCAACCCAUUAGCCAGUAUGGGCUUCACGCCAAUUCAUCCCCCGGCUCCAGCGCAUAUCGUUCCCUCGCACGCCGGAGAGGGAGAUGAGAGGAGGAGAUUGCAUAUCUUACAAACUAGAGGGAGGGCUCAUUAA